AUGUUGGAUGAGGGCUUGUGCUGCAGAGCCUGAGCCAUGAAAGGUGCUCUGCUGCUGGUUUCCAGUGUGGGUAUCCUGCUCCCAGGUGUGGACAGCUGCCCCAAGAAAUGUUUGUGCCACCCAUCUUCAAACUCUGUGGACUGCAGUGGCCAGAGGCUGUCUAAGAUCCCCCCUGAUCUACCCCCAUGGACAAUAACCCUGCUUUUACAAGAUAACCAGAUCCACUGGCUUCCUGCUCUUGCAUUUCGGUCUGUACCUCAGCUUACCACCUUAAAUUUAUCUAAUAACUCUCUUUCAAAUCUGGCUGCAGAGGCUUUCUAUGGACUUCCGCAUUUACAGGUUUUAAAUGUAACCCAAAAUUCCCUGCUUUCCAUAGAAAGCAGCUUUGCCCAUGCCCUGCCUGGGCUCAGGGUGCUGGAUCUAUCAUCCAAUAGCCUCAGCAUCCUCCCCGCAUCUCUGGGCAGGCCUUGGGAGAACCUGACUAUGUUAGCUGUACAGCAGAACCAUCUUCUACAUCUGGAUCGUAAACUUCUAGAGGCCAUGCCAAAGGUGAGGCUGGUACUUCUUAAGGACAACCCCUGGAAAUGUGACUGCCACUUGCUGGGUCUGAAACUCUGGCUGGAGAGAUUCACUUUUGAAGGGGGAGAAACAGAUGGUGCCAUCUGCAGGCUGCCUGAACAUUGGAAGGGAAAGGAUCUCCUCUCCAUUCCUCAUGAACUAUACCAACCCUGUCCUCUACCUUCUCAAGAUUUGGCACCCCCACUAGUCCAGCAACCUGGUUCUGCCCCGCAAGAUCCCCAGAAGUCUCCUGAGAAUAGCUCGGGACAGCAAGAUCCCUUGGAGUGUGAGACCAAACCCAAAGCAAAGCCAACCAACCUACGCCAUGCUGUGGCCACUGUGGUCAUCACUGGGGUGGUAUGUGGGAUCGUAUGUCUCAUGAUGUUGGCAGCUGCUAUCUAUGGAUGUACCUAUGCAGCUAUCACAGCCCAGUACCAAGGGAGACUCUUGGCACCAACCAGGAAGUCUGAGAAGAUAGGAAGUAAGGAACCAAUGGACAUUUCACCAGCCUGA